AUGUGGGGCGGCAGCGAGGACGGCGGCGCCUUUGCCGAGUGCUUCUACGCGCAGUACCCGCUCGGCAUGGGACGAAAGCCGCCGCCGGCUGUGGUGACGGGGCGGCUUGUGGCUGAGCGGGCGGCGGCGAGGCCCGUUGCUGCGCCGGACACCGGGGCCCUCGUCGUGGCCGUGGGCGGGGGCGCGGAUCCGCGUGCCGAGGCGGAGGAGCUUGCGGAGACAACGGAGAAGACGAAGGAGGCGCUGGAGGGGGUGCUGCGCAGCCGGCAGACGCCGAAGGAGGACUUCAGUGGUCGGAGGAUACGGCGGGCGCAGCAGACGGGGCCGCUGCUCGAAAUUGUGCUGCCGGGGGAGGUGGGCGCCGCCGGGAUGCAUGACCCGGCGCCCAUUGUGCGCUCCCCGACACGCCCCAGGAAGGACCGAAGCAACUCUGCGGAGGCGGGGUCCUCCUCCUCCACCGCCGCCGGUGUGGCCGUCGUGCCGUUUAGUAUCGGGAACUGGAAAAACAAGCGGAAGUUGAUUAUCCCGCUCGAGCAGCGCCUUGCGCAGCAGGCCGACACGCAGGCGAAUGGUGGCGGCGUGAGCGAUCAGGUCAUGGGUCUCGCCAUGGCGAUGCAGCAGGCACGAAAGGAAGUGGAGGCGGAGCAGGCCGCACGCGAGAAAGCCCGCCAGGAGGAAGAGGAACGUCGGCAGGCGGAAAGAGAGGCGGAGGCCACGCGGCGCGCCAGAGAAUUGCUGGAAAGGGCUGCGUCGGACAUGCUGCACACCUCCGCGCAGAGACGGAAGGAGACUCGCGAAGAACGCUUGGAUCGAAUUCGACUGGAGCGCGAGCUGCGGGAGCGCGAGAAGCAGCAAGAGGUGCGGCAGCGCCGACUAGCGAAGGCGGCCGCCCGGCUUGGAAUCACCGUAGAGGCACUGGAGGCGGACGAAGAUCUCCUGAAGACGGUGGAUGAGGCGGCGGCUGGUGGCCACGGCGCCGGCGUCGCCGAUUACGCCUCCUCCCACCCCAGCGACCCGCGCGGGGGCGCGGUGGCGGCGUCAUCGCGGCUGGGCGCGGACCACGGAGCCCCCGCGACGGACCAGCACGCGCCUUCGUUGUAUGCCGCCGACGACGACGAGACCGGCCCGCGCCCGGCGUCUGGAAUACGCAAGGGCGUUUUUGGCUCCGCCGUCAUCAGCAACGAGGGCAUCCGUCGCGAGAUGGAGGCGCUGGCGCAGAUUGAGGGGCAGCAGGGGGGCGUAAAGGAUGGCCUCCAGCUCGCAAACGGGGAGGAGUCGACGGACGACGAGGAUGACGAGGAUGGCGGGGGCUUGGGAAUGGAUCAGCUCAUGAGGAAGCGGCGUCGCCUGUGA